CACCGACACUGACUGACGACCUUGGUAUCAAAUGCAUGCUUUAUACAACAGCCAUGGUCUUCCUCAUGAUUUCAAGCCACAAUUCCAUUAAUCGCCUUCAAUCAGGCGCAGUGUCGACGAUUGGUUGCCUCGAGGUAUCUCCAUAAGCAAGAACAAUUCACUGCGCAGUUUGGUGGCCCAGCAUAAAACAUCGAUAUUGCCUUACCGUAGACCUCUACUUAUAAGCUCACCUGGUCCCUCAUCUUUGAACAACAGUCUAAACGAUAAAUCCAGUAAACCCUCAUUUAAUCGUCGUCGUCAAUAUGUCUCCCGCACCAUCGUUCAACUACUAUGAGGAGCUGGAGGUCUCACCGACCGCGACUCAGCAAGAUGUUGUCUUCUCUUACCGCAAGCUGGCCAAGGUCCACCACCCUGACAGAAACCACGGAGAUGCCUCGACUGCAACUGCUAAAUUUCAAAGAGUAAGUGCCCCCGUCUAUCUAUUCUCAUCAAUGAGUCCGAUUCUGAUAUCCAUCUCAGCUAGGAGAGGCAUACGAGACACUCUCCAAGCCAGACAAGCGCGCACAAUAUGAUCAAGUCAUCACGGCUAGCACUUUUUAUUCUGCAUCAAAUUCAGAUUCAGGUGCGGCGGCGGAGGGCUUCCAUAGCUCACAUGGCAGGUUCCCUUUCAGCAGU